AUGAACUGGCACAUUCACGUUGGCAAGCCCUUCGGAGGACAGGGAGUAGGUGCAGAGUGUGGCGCCAUGGCCGGCAGCCCCCCUGUGGGAGGACAUUGUGAUCCUACAUUCGCCUGUGGACUGGCUACUGAUGAAGUAGGGGCCUGUGAUGUCAUAGGUCGCAGUGUGGUCGAGGGUGAGUUCGUCUACCCAUGUAGCCCUGAAGAGUACGAGAAGAACCCGUACGUAUGUGAGGUUGUAGACUGCUCUGGCAAGUUUGGGGCACUCAAGUUCAAGAUUGAUAAGCACAACAAGAACAUUGCUAAAGUAGUUGCCAGUGAUGUUGAUGAAUACGGACCACAGCUGAAAUUGAUUGAGGACAGAGCCAUUACAUUCCACUGUGGAUCACUCUGCGGAACCCUCUCCACCGGUACACACAAAUAAAAGAGGUUCGAGCACUCGGGCCGCAAUAACGAGAACCAAAAUAAGAUUAGAAAUCGCAACAGCGGCGAAAAAAACAGGAAUGCUACUAGAUUAUUGAUAUAUCAUGAAUAAAACCUG